AACCUCGCAUGAGUAGAGAUCUGCUGACUCUGACGUUGUAUGAAUGCUAUGCCAUUUUGACUGUGUGCCUACCAACAACCUGUGUGCGGGCAUGGCUGAUCAGAGCAGUCUCUUCAAUAAUAACUCUUUUCAACUAUGGCAUGGUGUUUUCCCCUUUCUAUUGUAGCUAUUUCCCCGGGGUUAUAUUCAGUCUUUUGUUAACAAAUACCCUUCAUCAAAGCAUUCAGGCAGCAGGUCAGCUUGUCAUGUACAGCCAUUAUCGCAAAAUAACUCCCAUACUUCCAUUCCAUUCCCAGUUUGAUGUACCUUUUUCACAUCAGUUUUUAUCUGACUCUUAUCUUUUCAAACAGAAAUAGUAAGACUGAAUUUUCCUCCAUUAACGUAAUCACGGCUCUGCACUGAGGUACUUGCAGAACACGAGUCUCUUCUCCUUUUAGUAGGCAUAAUUUUGUUCGUUUUUGAGCUUUUUCCCUGAAUGGCUGAGGGUGGUGUUCGUGCCGUGGUGAUUCAGAGCGGGUCCUUCUCGUGUAAAGCUGGCUUCGCCGGUGAGGAUUUCCCCAGCGCCGUCUUCCCGUGUGUGGUCGGCAAGCCCCGCUUCAAGGGGAUUACCCCUGGCGUAGGGCACAAGGCCAGCUUCGUUGGACACGAAGCUCUGAAGAGGAGGAGUGUCCUCUCCUUGAAAAGCCCCAUAGAACGAGGACUAGUCAGAGACUGGGAUGGGCUGGAGAAGGUCUGGCACCACACCUUCGACAACGAGCUACGCGUGCCUUCCGAGGACCAUCCAGUGCUACUUACCGAGGUCCCGCUGAGCUCAAAUGAGAGUAGAGAAAAGAUGGCCCAGAUAAUGUUUGAAACCUUCAAUGUGCCAGCUUUCUACCUUGCCAAUCAAGCUAAGCUGUCCAUGUGUUCGUCUGGUAGACUGACUGGAAUGGUCGUCCACGUGGGCCACGGUGUGUCAUACGCGGUACCAGUCUCGGAAGGAUUCGCCCUGAAGCACGCCACCUUGCGACAGGACCUGGCGGGCCAAGAUUUGACUGAAUAUCUGUCGGACAUGCUCUUCGCUCGAGGCUUGAUUUCGAAGUCGGCAGCUGAUAGUGAACUCGCCCGUGAAAUCAAGGAGCAAAUGUGCCGCCUCGCCCUCAACUUCCAACCAGAAAUGGCUCGUCUGGCAUCCGACCCUUCCCUGGCAAAGGACUACCGCUUACCGGACAGUAAGGUCAUCACGGUGAGUAAGGAACAGCUCCAGUGCCCAGAAGCGCUCCUUCGGCCCCUGGUGAUGGGAAUCAACGCUCCUGGUCUGUGCCAACUCGCGGUAGACAGCAUCGAGAAGUGCGAGAGCUCUUUGCGGGAGGACAUGUACGCAAACAUCGUCUUAUCGGGUGGCUCGUCCCUGUUUCCCGGCCUUGCGGACAGGCUUAAGUUGGAGGUGGAGCGGCAUCUUGAGCAGUCCACGACGGGCGCGCCAGAAGUGAACAUCGUCGCCCCUCCGGACAGGAGGUACUCCUCCUGGAUGGGCGGGGCUAUCCUUCCCACUCUGCCGACAUUCCGGCACAUCUGGGUCAGCCGGCAGGAGUACCAGGAAUCAGGCCCUGGCAUUGUCCAUCAAAAGUGCCUGUGAAUAACUGGCUCCAAUGGAUCAAUGUUUACACUCUCUUCAGUUGUCCAUGAAUGAGAAGUACCUCUAAAACCCGAUAGUGAUUACUAAAACGGUAUAUGCUUCGCCUUCCUCUUUGUCAACCGGCCUGUUAUUCAAUCCUUGAGCUAUGUCAAUUCAAAUGCUUUAUCAUACUUGGAAAUUAUAUGAGGAACAAUAAUUACACAUGCAAAGUCUGUAAAAAGUGUAAAAUUCCAUGUCAUUCAAAGUAGCAUAUGAAAUUGAGAUCAAGUUUCUUGCCCAAGAACACAAUGCACAAUUAUCUUCAAGCUGAGCUCUAACCCAUGAUCAGCAGGUUCGAGCACGGACCAGUGGUUAACUAGUGGUUGAUUCGUGACGUACCUGGCGCAUGCGCACUGAAGUUGAGGCGCGAACGACUCUGGUCGAACUAUUGUUCUAAAUGGUGGUCGCACAAUAAUUCAACAGUCUUGUUGUUUCUCUUUAUUUACACAAAUAAUAGUGAUUGUGUAUAGUUUAGGACAUCUUGUAACAUAAUCGCCAAUAGUAUUGUACCAUGGUGACAAAAGUGACAUAAUCGUAAACUAACAUGGAAAAACUGUGCAAUGAAAAUGAAAUUCUGUUGAUAGUUGGCCCCUCUGCACUUUGCUAUGGAAAUUACUAUUGAUAACCAGCUAUAAUUCGCAAGGGCGGAUCCAGAACACAAUUUUUUU